AGAGAGCCGGUAGGAGGACCUUAAACUUGAAGCUGAGGAAUCAAGCAAGAUCAGUGAAAUUGUUCCUCCGCCCUCUCGGGAUUGAGGCUCAGAGAAGCAGAUAAAAAAUUAGACACCAACAUUUGUUGGCAUUCACAGAGGGCAUCCCCUUGGCAGUGCAUUUUCGAGUCAUGGUUCUGAGGGUCUUUUCUCCUGUUAUGUGCGGGAUUUAAUUCAGGACGACUUGCUCACCUUUCAAGAAGAGGCAUGAAGCUUUUGACCUUCUAUUAAGUUUCCUUAUUUAAAAUCACUUGCGGGAAGACAGAUGAUGCCAGCCGAGAAGACAUCUUCUCCUUUAAGGCAAAGCGGGAAGAUUUUCAGAACCUAAAAGUCUUUGGCUGUAGAAGCAUGAUCGCCAGAAUCAAUCACGUUCCUAUCCUGCUGCUCCUCUGUCUACUCCCUGCCACUAAGGAGACCUGCCCUUCCAUGUGUCUUUGCACAUCCGACAGAGUGAGCUGUAGCGCUAGUGGUCUCGCCAAGAUACCGAAAUCACUGCCCUCGUUCGCCAUCACGCUUGAUGUCAGUCACAACCAAAUGUCUUGGCUGGGUCCGGGCAGCUUCAGCAGUAUGUCCAGACUGGAAAACCUCUGGAUGGCCCACAACCAGAUCAGCAGCUUGGCCUACGGGGCAUUUCAGAAUGCCUCGAGCAUAAGAUAUCUUGACCUGUCUUCCAAUAAGCUCCAAAAGGUGGAGCAGCACUAUUUUGAGGGACUGUGGAGGCUGGAGGAGCUCAUCCUCUUUAACAAUAAAAUCACACUGGUAGAAGCUGGCACACUGGUGGGUCUGAGUAGCUUGAAAAAGGCCUACUUCAGCCUUAACCAGAUCACACGAUUCCCAUUCUUCUCUAUCCAAGACCGCAGCCACCCUUUUCUGAACAUGCUGGAUCUCUCAUCCAACCUUAUGACGCAUCUGCCAUGGCAGGAUGUGAAAGCAUUACCAGGAUUGGUGCAGCGGGGGCUCUACCUUCAUAAUAACUCUCUGAUUUGCGACUGCUCCAUGUACAGCGUGUUCUGGCACUGGGAUCUCCGUGGAUUUGCCCCGCUGAGGGAUUUCACAGAUGAAUACACUUGCACCAUCUCCGGGGAACCCCGAGCAUCUAUCCGGUUCCUGCGACACAACCGCUUUUUUAACAACUGCACCGUGGAAAGAGCCGUGUCGCUGCCGGUGACUGUGCUCCUCUCUAAAGUUUUGGUUUCAGAGGGACAAAGGGUGCGUCUGGACUGCCAAACAUCCUUGAGUCGCGCCAAUCUCUCAUUUACAUGGCUUUCCCCCAGCCAGGUUUCCAUCACCCAGUCCAACAUUGAUGACACGCUCAUGAGCUUGUUUGCAAAUGGUACCUUGGAGAUCCAAGCAGCCAAGGUUAACGACUCAGGCCUGUAUGUGUGUACGGCAGUGGAUAUUAAAGCGGCACUGAAUGCAACCAGAGAAAUAGAUGUCACGGUGCUCUUGCCUGAAGUGGAGUCAUUCAGUACGGGUUACACAACGCUGCUGGGAUGUGCGGUGACUAUGGUCCUCAUCCUCGUGUACCUCUACCUCACCCCAUGCCGAUGCAGCUGCUGUAAACAGCCCAACCCUCCAGUCAUCCCGAUUGCGACAUACGAAGCAGAGAAUUCAAUGCCCAUUUUCUCCACCUGCACAACAGAUAGGGAAAAAGGCCACCUUAAUAAGCACGUAGCAUUUAGGCAGCCGAUGUUGCGUGAGGAAGGACCUGAAUGGAAACAUGAAAGCUAAUGCAAAAAAAAAAAAAAAAACGGCCAUCAAACGCCAAGGGAAGUGCUGAUUUCUCUUUCCUGAAAGUCACCUGCUGAUAAAAAGCACAUAAGUACCCUCUGCUUUCCCCCUGUUAGCCGCUCGAAUUGGCCGUGAGGUUUAACAGUGAGCACAGCAGAGCCAUCAGCACCUCCUAAAGUCACCUCAUAACUCUUGAGGUGCUGUGCAAUGAUGGGCCAUCCAUUCAACGGUGACUCGAGAUCCCACUUGUAAAGGUUUUUCACACAGUUAAAUCUUGCUAUGAUUGUAAGGGUUUGCAGCACAUCAACCAGACUGUUUGUAACUGCUCCUUUACCGAGGUAGAACACCAUCAAAACUGUAAACAGUUCAUGUUUGGCAAAAAAAAUG